AUGGCAGAGGAUCAGCUGGAAGCGCGUCUGAGACGCCGGAUGCAGACCGCAACGUUAUCGAUCAACAGCGCCUUCAGGUUGACGCUCUGGACUGUCCUGAACGAGGUGCCCAACAUCUCAGACAUCUCUGGUCACUUUGCACAUGUCGUCUUCGUCCGGCUUUCCACUCAGGAGUCCUACCUACUGGAUGAGGAAAUCUUCAAGUGGGGAUUCAACGAGUGGCAUACAGAGAGACAGCACGCCGAAGAGAUCGCCAGCCGGCCGCCGGACGAUGAAGAGAGCGAGUUUCUCAACACCGUCGCCGCUUACCUGUUCUACUACUGGUCGUGGGCCAACUCAGUGAUGAGGAAUGUCUUAGCGCUGCACAAGGCAUCCAAGGAAGUCGGGCUCGAUGGUGCCAAGCUGCUCUCACUGCUUGCCUCAAACCUAGCUACUCGAUCAGAUGACACAUUCGUCGCAGACAGCCGCCGGAGCAGAGUCAAUGAACUCCUGAACGAUGAAGCGAACGCCAAGUUCUUUGCAACACUUCGAGCCAACCCUGAGGAUACCCUCGCCGACGUCAAGCAGAUCGCAAUCGCACCGCACCCAGCGGACCUCUGCACUUGGCGGCUAUUAGCCUACCAGGUGCAAAAGAUGCAGCACCACCUUGUGUUGCGCAGCUGGCCGGGCGUUCACUGGGCCGCGUGGAAGGCGGCGUACUUGAAGGGAGAGGACGUCGACUGCGAAGCGUACUACCCCUUUUACGACGUGUGGCACCCACUGGUCGCCCCCGAAGACUCGGAAUGGGAUGAAGACGAAAGCCGACCCAGCAGCGGGAUGCCAUCAAGUGGCUCCGCAGAGGAAGAGCUGGCCGACACGACGGCAUCAGAUUCGGCAUCUGAAAAGUCUGCCCCGGAUCCCUGCUCGAUGUUCGAGGAUGUGGAAAAUCUGCUGGCGGCGUCCGAUGUCUGGGACGUGUGGAGACUCUGCAAAGUCGUGCUGUGCGGAACAGCGUACCAAGGCGUUGACCAGGAGCCGGGGACAGAAUACCUAUUCAGGAAGCUUGAGAGGUAUCUGCCAUUCAAGGAGUUCUGGACGAGGACGCCUGUGGUGGAGAAUAGCAGAGACGAGCUGCUUGCAGUGUUUCAGCGCAUGCAACCCUUCGAGAAGGAGAUUGUCCUUGGACAUGGCUAUAUCUCGGCCAAGUAUGAGCAAGUCCGGCACUACUGGCCACUGCCUCUGCCGUAUCAGUUCAUCGACUUCUGGGACUACAGCAACUUCUCAUUUCGAGAGGUUCCGGAGGCUGUAGCAAAGCAGCUGCUCCGAGAACUUGAUCUAGAUGCAACUGAAAAUGCGGAGGAAAUUGACUUGGUCUGCCUGCUCGGCUGCAAGCGACACCCUUUCAGGACAACUGAAGAUUUGCAGAGUUUUCGACACACAAUCUACUUGACUGAUGAUAUCCAGCAGAAAUGGGCUGGCGGGAUGGACUUCCCUGGUCAGUACUAUCCUUGCAACUGUGAGGACGAGAGACUCUGGAGUCGGGUGCCCGAGGAUGAUAGGAAGAAGGCCAGGUACUUUCAAGACGGGCACUUUUCCUGGGAUCACCUAGGUGGCAAUACCGUGUUCCGGAGGAGCAAGCUCGACCCUAGCAAUUUCUGCAGAGAGCUUGAUAGGUACUGGGACGACUGGAAUGACUGCGCUUUGAUAUUUGGGAAAGGAGAGACAGAGGACUUGGAUAUCAUUGAUGGGGAUACGAUCUACAUCCUCGAAUCCCUGCCGGGAGUGAAAGCCCGGCAGCUGAAAGCAAGCACUCCGGACCGAGAAGCCGGGCUCCUCCUGGCAUGUGCCUACUUUGAGGAGAAGUGGGCAGCACGCCAGUCGACGCGAUCGAGCAUGUAA